AAUUUAUCAUUGGCUUUCUCAAAAUAAGUAACCAAUCGGCGUGCUCGUCAUAUGGAACUUUCAUUAUUUACAAAUGGCUGCCACCAUUGAAACGUCAAAAUGUGUCCAGACUUGUUUUAGCUAAAGCGGCAUAAUAUGGACAGUAACUGAAAACAAAGAUGCCAAGAAGAAAAAAGAAAUCUUCUCUUGCAACCAGACCAUCACUGGUUUUCACAGAGAGUCCUGUGCAUGUUCAGAAUAAUGUACCAUCUCCUGUACUUUGUGCAAGAUGUCCCCCCACAGCAAACUCGAUCCCUGUCGAUGAACUACACAAUCUGUCAUGGGUUUCCCCGCAGUUUAGAAAUGUUAGACUCUCUGGUGGACAAGGUAAACGGAAACUUACCAGGCAAAGAAGACACAGUGUUGCUGGUCAUAGAAAUGUUGCCACAUCCUAUUCAGACAAUAAUUCAUUGAAUAAAGAAAAUACAGCACUGGGUUCUCGAAAUAAACUGAGAAAAUUUAAUUCCCUAAGGUUUAUAGGCGAUAAGUCAAACAUUCCAAGUAUAAUUGAAGAUGUUGAAGUGUCUAUAGAAGACCAGACAGAAUCUGAGGAAACUGAAAGAGAGGAUGGUGAUCAGAAUGAAAUUGCUGAUAAUGACAGUCAGUGUCACAAAUGUUUGGAAAAUCGUCAAUCUAGAAAUAAAGGGCACAUUCAUAAAAGGGACUUGGAAAGGAAUAACUAUGGUGCUAAUAUUCAGGAAGAAAGUGAAACAGCUUUAAAUAUUAAUAGAGAGGUUAAUGAAGUGUUUGAAAAUGAUGGUAAUAAGUUGGAUGAGCAUCAUGAAAGAAGUAGUAGUGGAGAAAUCACUGAUCUUAAUGUAACGAGAAAUAGAAAACAUUCAGUUAUGGAUAAACCACCCAUUAAGAGAUUGUUUGCAAGUCAGCUUUUAGUCAAAGCUGAUUCUGAAGAUCAAGAAUGUGUUGAUGAGAUGGUUGAUAAUGAAAAGAUAGUGCAGAACAAGACAAAGUUAAAUGAUGACUCAUUAAUUGUACCAGACAGUGAAUCAGAUUCUGCUAACUCACCUCAUAUUAGGCGAUCAGAGAGAAUACGAGAACUUGGUAAAAUGCUAGCAAACUGCGAGUCACCGUGUAGUUAUAGGAAAUUGACUUGUCAGACAGUAGUGCUAGCUCCAAAUACUCCAGAAAAUGAGUAUGGUUGGAGCAAGAGAAAACGACAGUUGAUUACGUAUCUCAAGAAAAAGUCAUGACCGGGUUUUGUUAGAAAAAAACAUAAUUUAUGCACUUCUUUCAAUCACAUCAAAUCAUGUUGAUAAUUUAUUUGUAGUCUAAGAAUCUAAGAUGGUAACCUUUUUGUGUAAAGUCUUUUGUAGAAAAAAAGUUCAAGAGUAAAAGUAAAGUAUACAGACUGUAUU